AAACAAAAUGACAAAGCAUCUUUUAAUUAAUUCAGUUAUUUGUCCUGUUAUUUGGAAACAAUGGAAAUGUUGAGGGUUUCUAUGCAAAGUCAUACUGUAAAUAGGCUAUUGUAGGAGAUCAGACUGUAGAGCUCAGGAUCAGAUCUAGAUGAUCAGUGGACAGGAGAGUAUUGUGAGCAGAGUGAGUAUUUACCUUCAGUUCCUUUCAGGUUGUUAAUUGUUGUUUUUGUUACUCCAAAAGGUUUUGAUCUGACCUGAGAUUGACAACCAGAGAAUCAACAAGAAGCAGAUGUGAGAUGAAUUCACUGUGGCUGCCGCUUCUUCUGAGCUCAGUCAUAUGGGCAGAGGAGCAGUAUUUUCUUCAGUCACCCAAUGCCACAUGGGAUGAGGCCAGACUCUACUGUCAGUCCUGUUUCAAAGAACUGACGACCAUCACCAGCAGGAACGUCCACCUCAUUGUGCAGAACCUCUCUUCAGACUACUGGGUUGGACUCCGCAAGAGUUACAAUGGCUCCUUCUCGUGGGCCAAAUGGUCCAAAUGGUCCAAUGGGGAUCCUGUUACAUAUCAGAAUUGGUACCCUGGUCAUCCUGUCCCAAAUAAAGAAAAGAAACUGAUUCCUGUAUGUUCCUCAACUACACAAAGUCCAUUGAGCACCCACCUUAGCACAACUACCCCAACGUCUACCACUGUGAUCCCAACGUCUACCACUGUGAUCCCACCACAAACCACUACAGUUACAGCUGCUCCAAUGACUUCCACAAUAUUUAAAAAUUCCACAUCAGUCAAAACGUGUCCUUUACUGGCCGAUAUGCUUUUUUGCUUAAAUAUAACAUGUUAUGAACUUGAAAGUGCCAUGAGUGAUUGUAAUAAAAUACCAACUACUACCCCUAAGACCACAUCAUACACCACCACUACCUUUAAUCCUGCAACAAACGGCACCACAACCGGGAGGGCCACAACCGGGAGCAACACAACCAGGAGCAACAAAACCGGGAGCACCACAACAGGAGAGAGCCGCAAUCGGGAGCACCACAACUGGGAGCGACGCAACUGAGAGCGACGCAAC